CCCGGGAGAGAGCGAGCGCUACGUUCAGCCCCUGGGAACCAGUCAUCAGUCGGUGCCAUCUCCUGUCCAUCUUCUGCCUGCGGCUCCUUCUCUACAGACCCAGAUCGAUUCGCUCGGCAGCUCUCCGCAUGGACACACGCUCGGGAAACAGCGAUUAUUUAUAGGCGACCCGUGACACCUGGAACGUGUUAAAGGCGAAGGAGAAGUAGAACAAACGCCGCUCCCCGGGGGAAUCGGUUUAUUGAUGAUUGCUGCAGAAUCGGUGCAGGACAUGAUGUGGAGAGGAGGUUUCUUGGUUCUUCAAGCGAUUGCAGCUGCCAGCGGCUUUAUCCUCCCAGCCCAGAGAGUGGCACCAGUACAAAACCCAGAUAAAGGAGUGUUCCUGGAGGGUUCGGAAGCCAAUGCCUUCUUUGCCCGUAGGCUGCUGUACAACAGCUGGGACUUUGAGUUGGUUACACCGGGUAAUCUGGAGAGGGAAUGUUACGAGGAACAGUGCAACUAUGAGGAGGCGCGGGAAUGUUUUGAAGACGAUGCAAAAACUGCGGAUUUCUGGAAAACGUACACAAAAAAUGGAUCAGGAGGAAACUCUUCCUCUUCAUUGGAUGUUUCCGGCUUGGUAGCGGGACUGGUAGCUGCACUGAUCGCACUGAUUAUGAUUGCAGUGUUGAUAAUGUACUGUGUCCGAUACAGAGUGAAAGCCAGCACCAGAGGAAGGCCCCCUGUGCAUCUUACAAGUAACUUACCUGCGGCAGAAGAUUUACCUCUCACUCAGCUGCCUGUACCGGAACCCAGUGCUCCUGGGCUCCCCAGCUAUGAAGAAGCAUUGGAGGCAUCAGGCACAUAUGACGCCCCACCACCUCCCUAUCAAAGAGGAUCCACCAGAUCGAAUCAGCCGAGCUGAAGAAGGAACGACCAGGACAGACUGUGUGUAUGUGCCGGUGCAUGUGUGAGACCAGUUCCUGGAUGAGACUGGAAUGAACUUUCCCUGUUUGAGAGAAACCCUCGCCAGCUUUGGACUGACUACAGUUCCCAGAAUCCUCCGCACAAGAGCAACGAGUUAAAGCUCCUGGUCUCAUCUGAAUGAUUUGUACAUUUUUAUGUUUGUUUUUUUUAAUAGAUAGGAUUGACUUGUCCUUUUUUUGCCAAAGAGGAAACCACUGACCCUAAAAGGACGUUUCCAGAUAUUUUCUAUGUAAAAUCUGCAUAAAAAUGUUUCUCGUAUAUUUCUUUGCUGUCAUAUGGUGCAUUUCCAAUUAGCUGUGAAUCUGCUGCACUGGGGCUCGGCCGAAGACUUUAGGGCGGUUACAGGUUUUCAAGAAGCUGCAAGUAUGAAAAAAUAUAAUCUAAACAAGGACGACUCUCCUCUUAAACAGAUUGUAAUGCAAGGAUUUGCCCAACCUUUGUCCCUCAGAGAAUCCCAAGAAUAUAUUGCUGCAAGUUGCAAUUUAAAGGGAAUGUUCACCCAAAUACGUUUUUUUGUUUUUUUGGGGGGGGGGGAAGCUUUACUUCCAAUGCCACUCCCAAUAGCAAUUAGAUAUAGAAAUAUUUAUAUGGGAAUGUUGCUUAGAAUUAUAUUAACUUUAUGCUUCUUGGGUGAAGCUCCACUUGUAAAGGGCCACAGGUUGCCUAUUCCUGCUGGUACUUAUAAAGGGUAAAGCCGACUGUGUGCACAGAGCAGUCGCCUCUGCAAAUGGGAGCUGCCAUGCUGCUUUUUCUUACAAUACGUGCCCACGAAGGGGCGUGCUACUAGUUUUAAUUAAUGAACAAUUACCAAAUUCCCACCAAUGGCUGCUUUAUUCAUGUGAAAGCAAAUAGGUAGAGCAGGGAUGCUCUGGGUACACAUUUAGUUAUGCCUUGACACUUUAUGCUCUGUUUAUAGCAGAAUAGUUUGUUGAUCCUGAAUGAUAUAUUUAGGGGUAUGUUAAGAAUAUUUCAAUUUCCCUGAUGUGAGGGACAAAGGGAAACUCCUAUUAAGCUUCUUAUCAGGCCUGGACUGGCAAUCUGUGCGUUCUUGCAAAUGCCAGAGGGGCUACUGUAAGAUGCCAUAGAAAGGGACUAUUAAGUGUGCUGGUAGGGGCUAUCUGAGCCUCUGUGUACUUGGAAUGCCAGGGCCUAUUUUGAAUCCCAGUCCAGACCUGCUUCUUAUGAUGUUUCACAGUACUACAGGGCAAGAUGUGUGUGUGUUACUACUGCUUUAAAUCUGCUGGACAGGAUGGAACCCCCCUUUAUAACCUUCUGUAAUCACAAUUUUAAACUUUAAUUUUGGCAGGUCAGGCAGCUUCACAAUGUAGCCGUUUAGCAUCACGUACACGGAUACUCCAACUUUUAAGGGAUGCUGGGGGUCUGUAAUUCAAUUGCUUCAUUUUACCAUCGCUUUACAGCCCCUUUGACUGCUCAGGGGUUUUUAAAGCCUGAGCAAAUUUCUUGGGAGUAACCAACCGGGAUUAUAUUAUGGGCUCACUGUAUGGAAACACUUAGUACUGUCUCUGAGGAAUACCCUACAAAUACAGUUUGAUAGACACUUUACUCCUUAAAUAUUGUUAAUAGUUUUCCCCCCAUGGCGUUGAUGGGUUAAUGACCACUGAUUCUUCCCUUGUGGCUUAUUGAAGUGCAGUUGCUUAUUGUUAUUAUUGUCAUUUGGCUGUUAACGAGCUUCACAUUCCAGUUCUGAUAUGACCCAGUACUCAUUAGCAGGGGUAGCGCAGCCAUUUCAUAUCAUUAGGAAAAGUUCAAUUUGGCAGAUGCGCCUAUUAGGGGCGCUGUUACUGCCCGUGACUCCCUUGUUUGUUAGAGACAUUUCACUGAAAAGAGGCCUUAACAGAGUUUGUAUUUUUAAAUAAAGUUGAUUUGAUAAGAA